CGUCAGCUUGGUUCAACGCGACGCUAUUGCAGUCAAUUUAGAGAGGUCACUUUACUGCUCAAGACUACAAGUAGUGUUCAGUCAUUUUCAUUACCUACUCUUGCUUUGCUUUAGCUUUAGUUUUAUACGAACAUUCGUUGAGAGUACUCGUCGCGCUAAUUUUUAUCAAUUAAGUAACUGCUGAUAUACCAAGCAACCAUGUCACUUCAAGAGCAAUUUGACCAAGCUGCUGCUAAUGUUAAGAAACUGAAGACCCUUCCCAGUGACACUGAUCUUCUAGAGCUCUAUGCAUACUUCAAACAAGCAACUGUUGGUGAUGCUGACCCUGCAAAUAAACCCGGAAUGUUUGACCUUAAGGGUAAGGCAAAAUUCGAGGCGUGGAGCGGUAAAAAGGGUCUGUCAAAGGAAGACGCACAGAAGGCUUACAUCGCGAAGGUGGAAAGCUUAGUCGCGUCCCUCGGCCUCCAAUAAACUAGUUCUAAGUCAAAGUGACGCUUUUUUGAUAACAUGUCAAUAUAAAAUCUGUGUUGCCAACAUAAAUUCUAUGUUGCCAGCCUUAUUGACAUAAUAUCAAUUAAGUGUUGUCAUAUUUUUUAUAUUAUGUUGGUUUUAGUAAUAUUUUGGCAUUUGCUGUGCAAUAAAAUUAUAAUUUUAAGUUUUUGAACUGUAAAGCACAAACAAACAUGAAAUCCAUAUUCUUCCUCUACAUAAGCAUUUAUGAACUAUAUAUUUUUUAAUAGUACAUUUUUUUAGAUCUAUUAAAAUUUAUUUAUUGAAGUGA